CUAUCAUGGAGGAUUCUGCAGGUACUGGUGGUGCUGCUAGUGAUGAUGGGAAGACCGGCUGCCCAAGAGGACACUGGAGACCCGCCGAAGACGAGAAACUCCGGCAGCUUGUCGAGCAAUAUGGUCCUCAGAACUGGAACUCAAUUGCAGAGAAGCUCCAAGGAAGAUCGGGAAAGAGUUGCAGAUUGCGAUGGUUUAACCAACUUGACCCUAGAAUUAACAGAAGGCCGUUUACAGAAGAAGAAGAAGAGAGAUUACUUGCAGCUCAUAGGAUUCAUGGAAACAAGUGGGCUUUGAUAGCCAGGCUCUUUCCCGGCAGAACUGAUAAUUCUGUGAAGAAUCACUGGCAUGUUAUCAUGGCUAGAAGGCAAAGAGAAAGGUCCAAGCAGCUGUAUGGCAAGAGAAGCAGCUUCAGCAGCAGCCACAGCCACAGCCACAGCAACAAUCAUAAUCUUCAAUUUCGCAACUCAACAACAACAACUGCCCCUUCCUCCUCUAAUAUUGACUUCCUUGGAAAUAGUGCUACUAGUUUUUCAAGAUCACGUCAACUGGCAGCCGGUUGCUUUGGCUUUGAGAAAUCGAAAGAAAUUCAAUUCAACUGCAACUCCAGCAGCGAGUCACUUGAAUUCCGAAACCAUCCCAAAGAUGGUGUCUUUCAAGUAUCACGGCUGCCUUUAGAUAUUUCAUCAUCGCCGCCGCCGCAGCUUCCGCCGCCUUCUUCUUGGACGUUUGCUGGGUUGAGGAUGAUGAGUACGGCUAACUCACCUCCUUCUUCCUUGGAUUUUUUGGAUGGGAGAGGAAGCAGCGAUUUCUUGAGUAGUACUUCAGCUUCUGCAGGUUGCAGGCCGGUUCGCCUUUUGCAGAGAUCAUCAUCAUCCUUAUCAUCACCUACUCAUCCAGACCACCAGUCAUCGAAUUAUGUCUACUGUUCCAAUUCUUCCAUCUACAGUACCAGUAGUGGAUACGGGAACUUCAAUAUUAAUGCACCACCAGGCGGUCUCAUCCCAAACUACAAAAGACAAGUAGAGGAAAAUCAGGAGUCCCUCAUCAUCAAAGAAAAGGAUGUUCCUGCAGCUGCCAGCUUCAUAGAUUUUCUUGGUGUUGGUGUUUCUUCUUGA